UACGCUUUCAGACCAGUCUUCGAUUGUUCUGGAUAGCGACUAUAUUCAACCGAAAUGGAAAUGGACGCCUUGACGACAUGAACGUGUUAAUUGUAGACGUUCGACAAACUAACGAAUACGAUCAAACUAGAAUCAAGAAAAAAAUGCAGGAGGCAUGAUUAAUAUUCCACCCGAACUCAUUCAACCAGGGUAAGUGAAGAUGAGAAGUGAAAAAUUGCAUAACAAAUUUCGAGGAAACUUAACCGAUCUCCAAAAUUCCACAUAUCGUGUGCAAGCAUCUUUCAGCAUUCUGUAAUUAGCUAAAUUUUAAUUUCAGCCUUUUCGCAAAUACGCUAGGGCUUAAAUUGCCACCAGUGACCUGUGUAAUCUGGGAUAAGCGAGAUAGCUUCGACUGCAUUGUCAUUUUGGAUUAUGACACAACAAAGUUUACCUAUGGAUUGUCGAAAUUACACUGACUACGCAUAUUCAUAACUGAGUGGGACUGCAACAGAAGCUACCGGGAGCUCCCAUUUAUCCUAGAUGGCGGUUUAAAAGAGUUCGUUCAAUGUUAUCCUUCAGAAGUAGAGAAUUCUGGUUGUUUGUUCGCUAAGCAAAGCUCGGAGAUCGACGAUUUGUUGGAUAUAGACUCAGUGGAAUAUCCUGGUUCAGCCUCAGGAGGACUUCAUAGAAACCUCAUGGUUGAUUCGGCAUAUUCUAUGGGCAACAUAGCAAAACCUGUAGAGAGGGACUUCUCCGCAGAAGAUGAAGACCAUGAAGUAGCGCUUAAAUUGCGUAAUAUACGUUCAGAAGGGGCAUUGCCGAAAAAUUCGUACUUUGCCAAGGAGCCAGGUGUAUCUAGUGGCACUUACACGAGCAUUUCCGAGCAUCGAUUUCCAAUGGAAUACAACAAAGGAAACAUUAACCCUGCAGCUUCGACGGACUUCAUGAAGCCGCAAGAUAUGUCGGUUGAGGAACGCGAGGCAAUCCGAAAGCUCAUGGAAGGUGACAGAGAAUUGCUGUUGCUAAAAGCCCGCGCAUCAAAACCAACUUAUCUUCCAGAGCAAUGGAAUGAGGGUAACCAAGACUACUCAAGGUCACCUGAUAGACGGAGAGAUAAUUCUCCAGAGCCGAUGGACAAUGCUGUGCCAACUUAUGUCUCUCCACCUCCUUCCUUUGACAGGAGUUUUAAACCUGCUAAAGUCAAAGAACCAGAAAAAGACGUGAAGGGGCGAGGCUUCACGGGAAUCCGAAAUUACAAGAAUUGCUGUUUUAAGAGCGCGAUCUUACAAUGUAUGAAAACCUUGCCGUUCAUAAAAGAGUACUUUGUGAAUACAAACAGGUACUUAACCCUGAAUCGAAGAGUACCUCCGGUAUUCAAUAUAUUGAUGGGCGAGGUAAGAUUUUCCUAGGCAAAACCUAAAUACCAAAGUGCUGCAAUUGUUAUAGCAAGGUUCAACAGAAUUUUGAACUAAUUAAAAUCGAUAGAACCUUAAAAGUUCUCUGUCAUUUCGAUAAGAGAUAGCUGACUUCUCG